AUGGAUUUCCUGCGAAGACGUUUGUCACAAGGAGGAAGUAGCGAUGAGGAGCAGAGGUCUUCAUCGUCAAGUAUAUCAGAAGGAACUUCUAGAUUUUUUAGCUCAGUUGUUGCAAAAAAGAACGGAUUAUUGAACAAUAUUUCCUCCAAGAUUGAAAACGUUGGAGCUCGUUUGACAAAGUCUUCAAGUAGUAGUUAUGAUUCAAGCAGUGGUGAAAAUAGUCCCACUUUUCUCCCGACACCAACAAGUGAGAAAUCAAAAGAUACGUUGUUUCCAGACCAUGAUAAUUAUGAUACAAAAUCUGUGAGUUCUUUUGCCUCAACUAUAAACCCAAGUGUUCAAAUUCAAUACGGUCGUGACCGCCAUGACAGUUCUUCAGGAUAUUCGGACAGUAGUGGAAACGCGGACAAUCACUCGUUAUCCAAUAUAAACAUGAGUUUUGAGGAGCCUCUCUACUCUCCAACAGGUAAAGUACCAGUGGAUACUAUUGAAUCACAUUACGAUCAUCAAUUCAUAGAAAAAAGUGCAAACGAACGGAAUGAAAAGGAUAAUAUUCAGUACCAUAAUGGAAACAACCAUCAAGUGGUUGCAGAUGUACAUGUCGACCAGUCGAAUUUCAUCGAUAGACACAAAGUAAGUGCUGCACACAUAAAGAGCCCAUCUUCUCCAACCAUAUCAUCCCCUGAUUCAGGGAAGUCGACACCUUCUGAGGUAUUCCGUAAAAACGGAUCUCGACCAAGAGCACCGAAAUUUACAACAACAAAGCGUAGGUCAAGCACGGUGGACGAAAUGCUUUUUGAUGAUUAUGUCCCACCCCCAGAGGAGGUUGAACAUGAACAUGAUGACGAGACUGCAGAUCAGGUUGGCGCAUUGGUGGAACCAGACACAAAGACUUCAAAUCGCAGGAGUCUGAUACCUCUUGGAGAUCUUAUGUCUUUUGAUGAUGACCAGGAAAGUGAAAAGGAGAUUUUAAACAAUAAACAAAAGAUCCAGCCCACCGUUACCGAUAGUAACACACCAAACGUGACAAACAACCGUGUCUCACUCGAACAGAGUGUUAGUAGCAUAGACAGUUCAGAGUGGGGAGGCUACGAUCAACAGACAAGUGUCGACUCCUCGGAAAACGACUUUGGGGGUUAUCAGAUACGACAUCGGACCGGAUCAAUGGGGUCAGAGAACUCCUGGAGCUCUUCAUACAGUAUAGAAAGCCAGCCUGAUGAUAUCACACUGGAAUGUAUGAGCUUUAUGAAGCAAUUUGUUGAAAAAAUCUUCAAUACCAGUCAUUCCAUAUCACAGACAGAAAAAGCCAAGUUUGGGGAACUCUGUCAGUUCGCUCCUGGUCGUUUGUGGUUUGCGAGAUAUGUCAACUCACAGAGAGUCCACAUCAAAAAUGUUUCGGAGCAGAUAUUCUUCCAGUUGGUGCAGUACUUUGCGGUUGUUCUAUUCGAGUGUAAUGAAGCCGAAGAUUUCUCCCCAGCAAAGUCUCUGAUGAACAUGUGCUUUACCUUCUUCUAUGAAAGUCACCAUGGUAACGUUAGUGGGCGUAACUUUUUAUACAGCUUUCUAAGAGAACAACCAAUAUGGCAGUCUUUACGCUUCUGGAAUGCGGCUUUCUUUGACGCUGUACAGUGUGAGCGAGCCAGACAGCCCAUGUGUACAAGUCAAGAAACUGACCAAGCCCAGACGGACGAUAAACAAUUCCAAGAAAACAUCACCUUCGGACAGCUUGGGACAUUCACGUGCAACAUGAGAUCUUUUGGACUAAACAAGGAUCUUUGUUUGGAAUUUCUCAGGAAGCAAUCGACCAUUGCCAAUCUGAGAGAAGAACAAGUUCAGAUGCUGAGAGAUAAUGUGGAAAAGCUGAAAGAAGCAUAG